AUGGUCACUUCCUGGGAGAAUACCGCAGCGACCGUCCAAGCCGCUCUCAAGGCCAAAAUACCUAAAGAAUGGCUGCUAGAAGAAUCGGGUUUGUCAUCAAAACCGAAAAAUGUGCUUCCCGUUUUCAAAAGUUGCAGUUUACUAUCUGACAAAGAAUUGGAAAUUACGGAUGUCCAGGACUGUGUAGCACAUUUGGAGAAGGUUCAUUCGAAAGAAUGGUCUGCACUUGAAGUGACGGUGGCAUUCUGCAAACGUGCUGCUGUUGCGCAUCAGUUAUUAAACUGCUUGAUGGAUAUUGAUUUUGUAGGAGCUAUGCAACGCGCAAAGGAGUUGGAUGAACAUUUGGCUUCGACAGGAGAGGUGGUUGGACCGUUGCACGGAUUGCCCAUUAGUUUCAAGGAUCUUACCCAAGUUAAAGGCAUGAAAAUCACCAUUGGUUUUGUGGCCUUGGCCGACACGGUUUCAGAAAAGGAUGCCAUAGCCGUGCAAACACUUCGACAAGCUGGUGCAGUGGUCUAUGCUAAAACCACUAUGCCUCAGACUGGAAUGGCCAUAGAAACUACGUCCAAUCUGUAUGGACGUACCCUGAAUCCCUUCAACAUAGACCUCUCCUGCGGUGGCUCGUCUGGUGGUGAAGGCUCACUUAACGGAUGCCAUGGUGCCCCCAUUGGCAUUGCGACAGAUAUUGGAGGCUCAAUUCGAGCCCCUGCAUCUUUCAAUGGGCUGUAUGGGGUGCGUCCGACAUCCCGCCGAUUCAGCUACUUAGGAAAUACGUUGGGUUUCACCGGGCAAACUGCUAUAUUAUCAAGCAUAGGCCCAGUAGGACGAAGCCUCCGGGAUAUUGAGUUGAUCCUCAAGGUGUGGAAUGCCUUUGAGCCAUGGUUGUAUGACCCAGCCGUGAUGGCGAAGAAGUGGGAUCCUGUUCCGAUUCCGAAGAAAGCCACGAUCGGUGUGAUGUAUUGGGAUGAAGUGGUCAUGCCUCAUCCACCGGUGCAGAGAGCUCUAAAACUUGUUGUGGAGAGACUCAUAGCUGCAGGACAUGAAACGAUUGCUAACGCUCUUGUUGACAGUUUAAGCAAUACUAUCCCACUGCAGGAAAAGGGGUGA